AUGACAGAGACCGCCGUCGAGUCCCCCGCCGAGGCCAUCGCCAUUCCUUCGGCGGAGCCCGUUGUCGCCGAUGCACCUCCGGUAGCCGACCCCGUCGAGAAGAAGGCCAACGGCAAAGCCACAACACCCAAAACCGCCGCCUCGAGCCCUCUCAACCGCCUCGCCGCGACGCCUUCGGCCAUCGAUGAUGUUAUACGCCAUAUCCAUCGCGCCAUCCGCACGCGCGGCGGCACCGACUGUGUCCUGCUCUUCACCACCUACUCUGCCCGUCUCGUCGGAGCCCUUCUGAACCUCCUGGGCCGGACUACUCUCCGCCACUCGGCCCGUAAGCUGGUCGAGCUGGCUUUCAAGCUGCCGCCCUCGAGCACCGUCGUCCUGUCCACCGCGACCGCGCCGCCGCUGGCCACCCUUGCGCUCAACCUCUCCAAGCGCAUCCAGGGUUUCACCGACAUGUUGGGCGAAUGGCGCACCAUGAACCGUCUAUGGGGUAUCUUUGCCACAUACCUUGGACUUAGAGACCUCAUCCUGCGCAUUCGAGGCAAGAAGGUUGAUGAGAAUGGCGAAAAGGUGCCUCCUCCUAGCCGAUUCAACACCAUUAUCGAGCUUAUACAGUACACCCUCCUCAUCGGAUACCACUUUGGCGAGGCCACCUGGCUGCUCACCGCCAAGGGCGCGACCAACCUGUCUCAAAAGACGGGUGGCAAGCUCGCCAUCUGGGGCGCGCGUUCGUGGAGCGCCUGGGUCUUCCUGGAGCUGUUCCGUUUGCUGGUCGAACGCGCGCGCAGGACGCCCACCGGAGACGUCGCCGCCGAGGAGGAGUGGCAGACCAACUGGAAGGCCGACUUUGUGGGAACCCUGCCCUGGGCUCCCCUGUCGGUUCAUUGGAGUAGCGAAGGCGGUCUGCUCCCCGAGCUUGCUAUUGCUGCUCUCGCGACUUGGCCCGCGACCGUCAACAUCAAGAACCUGUGGCGCCAGACUGCCUAA